CACCAGUUGCCCUUUGGACUAUGGUGAAACCUGUCUAUGAAUUGAUGAAUGACAGACUUUUGUUAUGUCGAAGCAUGCUGUAAAGCCACUUCUUUUAAUAGCCUAUAUGUUAGAAAAUGUAAUACGGCGAUUGUGAAGAAUCAGCAUUCUGGUGUGGCAGCCCCCCAACCCCCUGACUUCCCCAUUGGUGAAGCCUUCUAAAAAACGGAAGUAGGCGCUACCAUUUUGAAACACGGCACUGCUUAGCUCCACCAUGGACAAGAGCAACACGGUGAAGCUCUUCGUGGGCAACCUGGCUCUAGACACCACCCAGGAGGAGCUUUCUGCCAUCUUUGAGUCGUACGGCCAGGUGGUCAGCUGCAGCGUUCUCCGACAGUUCGCCUUCGUACACCUACAGGGUGAGGGUGCUGCGGAGCGGGCCAUCAGGGAGCUGAACGGCAGGGAGUUCCGGGGGAGGAACCUGGUGGUGGAGGAGUCCCGGGGCAGACCUCUCCACUCCACCAAGGUGUUUGUGGGGAACCUGUCGGGCAUGUGCACCACCGAGGACCUCCAGGAGCUCUUCCAGACCUUUGGUAAAGUGCUGGAGUGCGACAAAGUCAAAGCCAGGCUCUCCUCUUCUGCAGGCUACGCCUUCGUGCACAUGGAGAACAAGGAGGAGGCUCUUCAAGCCAUCGAGGCCCUCCACGGCACCUCCUUCAAGGGACGCCCGCUCUCCGUGGAGCUCUCCAAGGUGCAGCCCUCCAAGCAGACCCCGACGGGGAAGAUCCCCUGUGUGAGCUGUGGGAAGCAGGGCCACUACGCCGGGGAGUGCCCUGUAGGGAAGUCCUCUCUGGAACAGUACCAGAGCCAGGCAGCUGUGCUAGCUGCAGCCGCUGCCGCCGCAGCCGGCCUGCCCCUCCAGGUCCAGCAAAGCGUCCACAACUCUGUCUACAACACCUCGACCUUUGACCCCACCUACGCGGCGUUGACGGGUCUCACCACCGGCACGCGAGCGGAAGGCAACCCCGUCAACCAGGCGGUGUAUGGUGCCCUGGCGACGCAGGUCUACGGCGCUAACGUGGCCAAUCAGCUCUAUGGGGUCCAGGCAGCCAAUCAGGCGGCAGCCUUGACGCAGGCGGGCGCCACGCAGGUGUACGCCAGCUCCAUGAACCCCAGCCACGCCGCUCUCUACGGUCAGCUCAGUCAGAUUGCCGCCAGCCCCGCUGCAGCGUCCGCUGCCGCCGCCUACUCCACACCAGUUUAUGCGCAUGCCAUGGCUAACCACCACCACCCGGGGGCCAUCUACCUGGCAGCACCUGGUGUAGAGAUGCCUACGGCCGCCGCGGCAGUCAACCAGGCCUACGCCAUGGCGCCGGCGCUCUAUGGGGGCGCCCAGCAUGCCUACGGCCACUUGGGGAUGGGUGCCGCCAUGAGCGCAUCGGCAGACCCGUCGGCGGCCAUCUUUGAAGCGGCGAGGGUGCAGCACUACUUCGCCCAGGGACAGCAGGUUCUGGCUGAGCAGCAGAACGCGGCGGCAGUGGCGGCGGCACAAGCGGCAAAGUCUGGAGAGAGGGACCGGAGUCCCCUGAGGCGCUCUGCGGGGUCCCUGCUGCCCGAUCCCGUCAUGAAGCCCUUCAUGUACCAGAGAGCCCCCAAGCAGCGCCGGCCACUGCUCCCCACCCCCGCCGGGCGAGCUGCAGAGGAAGCAGCGGAGGCUGGAGAGGACCCCAUGGCUAGAGAGCAGUACCAACAGUAUGCUGAGUACUACCACCAGCAGCACCAACAGCACCAGCAGCUCCAGCAGUUACAGUACUAUGCGGAGUACUACCAGCAGUACCAGCAGUACCAGCAACUCCAGCAGUACCAGCAACUCCAACAGUACCAGCAACUCCAACAGCUCCAGUACGCCUACCCGCCUCCCAACCACCACGCCAUGGCUGCCAUCCCUGCCCACGCCAUGGCGGGCCACGCCCACCACCACGGCCAACCGGCCCACGUCACGGCGCUGGACGCCGCCCUCAGGCCAGUGGUGCCCGCCGUGGCCGCCGCCAUGGUGGCAGCGCCCAGAGUGUAUGAGCCGCCGCUGCCGCCGCCACCGAACCGCAAGGAGGCCGUCCUCCGCCGAGCCCCCGAACUCUCCCUUCACACGCCUGAGCCCCCCUUCAGAUAGUCACCUCCCUCGUACCCCUCCUCUGUUUCCCCCUGCCUACCACUGUAUACCACCCUCGUACCCCUCCUCACUCUCAGCGGCUGUGUGUGUCUGUGUAUAUCUGUGUGUGUGGGUAUAUUUGUGUGUACUGUGGCGGUGGGGAUUUGUGUGUGUGUGUGUGUGUGUGUGUGUGAGAGUGUGUUUGGAGUUUAGGAGUUGUCCCUUGACUACAGUAAGAACCCAACCCCAACUUGGUCCUGGUACCACACUAACAGUGCAGUUAAAGAAGGGAAGACAUUCUGUCACCUUACCACCACACAAUGUUUAUCUAUUGACUCUCAAUGGUAGACAGGUGCCAGUAGUAGACAGUCCAUUCCUUCAACAUAGAGAUGAGGUCAACAAUAUCAUAACCGAUUCUUGUACUGUCUGCGCUGUGGUGUGUUGCGUAGCUCCAGGAUUGGAGGGGUCUGUGUGUCUUGUGUGUGUGUGUGUGUGUGUGUGUGGGUGUGUGGGUGUGGGUGAUGAUGGCUUUCUGUUGUUACAAUGUAACGCACACACCCCCACGCGUGCUGCCACGUUCCCUCAUUAGCUCACCCCUGGGAGAUUGGAGGAACAUAGGCACAAUGUACUAUAUGAAAGUACCCUCUCCAACCCCCUCCCUCCUUCCCCCACGCCGCUGUAACCACAACACUGAAAGACACUGCUGCAUUUCUGACCUGAUUUACUCUGUCUAUACCUUAGCCUGGGUAAACCAAAUUAAAUGCCGGGAUCACCACUGAAACAAUAGAGAGUUUAAUAUUCAGUCUGUCUAUACCUACCUCUGACAACGAGAGAGAGCACUGAGAUUAGCUGGUUAGAAUAUGAAUGGUCUGCCUUCUAUCCAUACAGUUUAUCAGUCAGUGUCAGUUGCAGGGUUGGGGUCCAUUUCAAUUAAAUUCAGUGAAUUUAAAAUGGAAUUGACCCCAUCCCUGGUCAAUAGUUUGGAGAAGAAUGACACGUUUUAGCGACAAAGUUUUCUAUGUACUGUACUACUAGAGUCUUACUGCAUCAGUGCAUUUUGAGAGGCCUUUUAAAGUAUGAAUUAUUUUAGUUUCGUUUUUUUGUCAUGUAAGUGGUUGUCGGGUCGAUGAAGAGUACAUUCUAACCCCUCAGAUCAAGUAUGAAUUAUUUUAUGGAUUUAUAAGUAAGUUAACUUUUUAGACUUGCUAGAGAAUUUCAAUGAGGUUAAAGGAAAACUCCACCCAAAUACUAUAUUUUGGUGUUUGUUUCAUUAAUCCAUUGUUGACAUAACUUGACAAAAACAUUUUGGGACUUUCAACGAUAUGUAACUUUCAAAAUACAGAUCAUCCCUGUAUGAUCCAUUUUGCAUCAUAUGAUGCAGCGUUUUGAAAGUUACACAUCUUGAAAACCUGAUUGCUUACAAGCAAAACAUUUUGGGACUAUGUCAACAACAAACACCAAAAUAUUGUUUUUGGGUGGAAUUGUCCUUUAACAUUGUGCCUAAGCUUUGUGUGAAGUGCAUAUAGUGGAGGGAAGAUCUCCUUUUUGAAGUGCUUUUUUUCUUACAAGUCAAUCUUUUUAAUCUGCGAUGGAGGGAAAAGGGUUAGGAUAAUGUGGUUAGGAUAAUGUGGUUAGGAUAAUGUGACGUGCUGAUUUUUUUUGUGGUGCGGUAAUGUUCACACCGAUGAUAUGAUGAUGAGAGAUGGAGCAGUAUCUUUCAGUCGCCCUGCUCCGACGUAUCCUUGCACCCUGCUGUACGACGACUCACCACCCCCCGUACCCCGCUGUGUCCUUCUUCCUCUUUCCCCUGUGAUUUUAGUGAUUUAGUAUUUUAUCUUGCAUAUAAUCUCUCUGUCUCUCACACACACACACACACAGUUUCAUCUGUGGGAUCUCGACGAUCAGGAAAAAAACACACCCUUUCUUGUUAUGCUUGUUGCUUGCCUUGUUUCUGACCAUAUUUUUUAGAACUAUUUAAAAUAUUUCUUUUUUUUUUAACAAAAAGAAAAAAGGCAUGCUUUUUAAUAUGUAUACUACACAUACCCACCAUUUAAAAAAAAAUAAAGAAUGUUUCUGACUACUGUGAAGAAAAGAAAAAACUCAGUUUCGGAUGUAUUUCCCCCGUUCUUGUUUUUACGUCUUUUUUACUCCUUCCCGUCUCUCCUUCCUUGUUGUAAUGACCAGACCCAUAUGACUGGGGACCAGGGUGGCAGAGAAAAGGAGGAGUAGCGUCUGUGUGCCCCCCCCUAGUCUGCCUCGUGGAUGGGGUAAGUCUGGUCUGGGGUCAGCGCUCCUCUCUCCAGCCUCACCCAAACUCUAGGCCUAUAGCACAGUCAGACAGACCCUGGGUGCGUGACAAUAAUAUACAUUUUCUCCUCAACUGUGCACUUGUUCACUUCCCUUUACUGUUGCGAGAGGAAAUGAUUGAAAUGAGGAUGUUUUUAUGGUGCCAACUCCUAGAACAGGUGUAUUCAACUCUGACCCUACGAGGGAUCCGGAUCCUGCUGGUGUUCUGUUCUACCUGAUCAUUAAUUGCACCCACCUGGUGUCCCAGGUCUAAAUCAGGCUUUGACGUCCGGAGUUGAGUUGGAGGGUUCUAGGCCAUGCCUCUGCUAAUCCUAUGUUUUUAAGAUAUGUGGGAAGUUGUGAACAAGUGUAUACUUCAGGAGGAAAGAGAUAACUGGGACAUAACCCCUCGCUGGUACAUCAACAAGACAUCUACUGUGUUACCAUGCUGUUACCAUGCGCUCAUGUCUGAAAACAGCUUCCGUUACCUCUGAUCUUUUUGAUUUCCACUUUGUGCCAAACUAGUGUCGAUUUCAUGCCAUUUUAAUUGCAGAUCCAAUGUUGAGUAGAGUGGAGCGCAUUACUUGCUUGCAGAUGACUCCUUGUUUUAACAAUGGGUGGACAAACACACACAUCAGAGACCUGGGGAAGAGGCACACAGAUAGAAUGACUGUGGGGGGGGUGCAAAUGUCUGCUCUUACCCAACAACCUCACCACCAACAACAUGUGUCUGUCUCUGCUGUGUUAGAUGUGCAUGUCACUCUGCUCUCUGUCCAAAGCCCCAUACAUACUGACCUACUAUUCCAACUGAAAUAGGUACCGGCCGCCCAGACACCACCCAGCAGGUGUGAGGUGAGAGGGGGAAGACAAUAAACGUCGCGCAGGCAAAUGGGAAGUGGGAACUCAAUCUUCUCCACCAAGGUAAUGAAACAGCACUGUCCCCCUCUCUGACUGUGCCUUGACCGAAACCCCCCUCUCCCCCCCUCCUCCUCGUCCACCAUCACCACCACCCCACCCCCCCUCCGUAGCUCCCCCUCUCACCUGCGUUGACAUUGCCCGGGGGGCUUCUUUUGGGGGUCACUGCUCACGCUGUGAUGUCUUCUACCAGACUUCCAGUGACUUGUCCUGUCUCUCACCAUGCAGCACCUACAGUGACUGGGGUGUCAGUCUCUCUCUGUCGUGCUGAUGUGUGUCUGAGAGAGACUGUGUGUGUGUGUGUUUGUGACUGACUGUGACUGUACAUGUUUGAGAGCCAGAGACCGUGUAGGUGAAAGAGUGAGUGUGUCACUGAAUCUACGUGUCUGAGAGAGUGUGUGUGUGUGUGUGUGUGUGUGUGUGUGUGUGUGUGUGUGUGUGUGUGUGUGUGUGUGUGUGUGUGUGUGUGUGUGUGUGUGAUGUCGUUGGUGUUUUGAGGCUUGGUACAUGUGGAUCCCCCGCCCCCGCUAGUGACUCCUACACCGCCGUAUUCGCCGCCCCUCCCCCCAACCCAUCCCCCUCUGCGCCUGUCCGCCGUACACAGCUUGCUGCCGCCGCCGCCUGCCGCCAUCUUGGAUCUAGGCUGGGCUCUGUGGAUCAGCAGCCCCCAACUUGCCACACCCACCCCUGGCUAUGGCUGUAACCAUAGAGACCUAGUGAAUGACAAUGGACACCGUGUAUGGUGGCCUAGUGGCGUCACACGGCUGGACAGAGUAUAAACUCAUCAGAGACUUUGUAGGGCGAGAGUUUUUUUUGCUUUGCUAAAACUGUGAUGCUGGGUUUGCCAUGGCUGUGUAUGGGAGUUUAAUCACUAUUCACCACCUCCUUGCAGUUGAAUGACUCGAGUCAAACUUAUCUAAUUAAAUCCGAUAAACUGACCUUGCUCUGGAGGAUAACAUUUGGAAUAGGUUUUUUAACAGCGAGUUCCCUAUGGCCCCUCUCGCCCUAUCAAAAACGUCCUAUAAGACAGACUGGUCCAGUAAGGGCCCAACUACCUGCAGAUUCACUGUAAUCUCAGGACUCCUAUAGGACUUCUUUGGUAUGGGGACUAUUUCUCUCCUCGAGGUAGCUGCUGUCCCUACACCAACCCGCUGUACCUGUGGGUUGCAAUGUGUAUAUCUGAAUCGCCUCCUUCUGUUGAGAUGAUUGAAUACACACACCCACUCAUCUGAGUUGUCCGACAUGUGGUCUGAACAGCUGAGUAGUGCGUUGUCGGUGGGGGGCAGAGACGAGACGGGGAGAGGGUUUGGUCUCCACCUCUGUCUUAUGAAUGAAUGAAGUUAAGGAAAGGAUAGAUGGAUGGAUGGAAGGAAGGUGAGUUGGUAAUGUAGGGAUCUCCAGCUCUGAUCUGUUCCCUAACUCUUCUAUCCUGACCAUGGGGGGCCCUACACGAAAGUCAUAAACACUGGUGCUGCACAAAAUAAACUGAGUAGUCUACCACUGCACUAGAUGGUUUUUGAUGUGUUUUGGCCAAUAUCCCUCUUAAAAAACGGUUAAUGUUAUGCCUGUGUUCGUUUCCUAAAAGAACUUGUAAGCCCAUUUUAAUACAUUCGAUAUGAGGGUAAUCGAUACAAAUCCCCCCCUUAAGGUUCACAGAAAUAGAACUGAUUCUUCAAUCUCCAUGAUCAGGAUGUGAUGCUCUUUCCCACACAGUCCCCUUUCACUCUGACCUGGAUGUGUGGAGGAGUCUGACUCUCUCUGGUGUUUGAGUAAAUGUAGCCAGCCAUGAAGUUCUCCUGGUCUGCUCCCUAUUGGCUCACACUGACUGACAACCUCAUGGCUUCUCCCUCUCUUCACAGCACAGGACAGGGAAGCCAUCAAGGCUGCCUUACACAUAGAGGCUCAAUUCCGAUGCUCACCCCGUUCCCUGAAGUGUGCACUUGUUCACUCCCCCUCAAGGACGGGGGGGGCAAAGUAUAUGUCUCCAAUACCAAUCCCAUGGUUUUAAAUCCUCACCGAGUGAAUGAGUGCACAUUUCAAAGAGAGGGGACAGAAUUGGAAUUGGGCCACAGUUUUGCACCCCUGGGUCGACACCAAGUCUACUGUCGGUCACACUUAAUAACGUUGUUGCCCAAAUGCUACCUAGUCACAUCAAAUAUUACAUUCUCACAAGCAAGAACUUGUAACUACGCUGUAACUAAGUUGACUUUAUUGAGAAUCUGGGCCCAGUCAAGAGUAGUUACAGUGUAAUGGUGUGUGAUUACAUUUGGUUAGGGAAGAAGCUAUAUAUAGACUUACUACAGUAUAAAGGCAGCUUGAUGAAGUGCUAGCUCUUAUUGUUAUCUAAUACCUAUGAUCUUACUCUGAGGGAUUUCAUUUCUCUUGGUGUUGGAGGAGACAUUUUUAGGGAGAAAGAGCAUCUUUGUACAAUGGAUCGAUGUUGAGUCAUUUGUUACUUUAAGCACAUCUAUAGGAAAAACUUAAACAAAGAAUCAGCAUGCUUGACGGAGAUGAAGGGGGACAUUUCCACGGUGCAAAAUUGUUCACAGAAAAACCCUAGAAAAACCCUAGAAUUAUAAUCUGGCGGUGUGAUUUUAAUUUGACAUUUUUCUUCAGUGUGUGUUAUAAGAAAGUGCCUAAACUAGUUUACUAUGCUUAGCAAGGCAUGAACAGUGGCCUUUUUAUAACGCACAUUGCUGAAUAAGUGUCCAAUUAAAUCACACUGCCAGGUGAUGAGUUUUAAAGGAUUUUUCACCAUGAAAAUGUUGCCCAUAAUGUAUUAUGACUAAUGAAUAACCCAAUUUACUAUAAUGUAUACUUCCCUUUCUCCUUGCAUUGCUUAUGUCUUGAGGCACUGUACCGUCUGCAUGGCAUUCCCAAAUAAAUGAGUUUUUAAAAUAAA